AAUAAAUCUAAUUUGACUGCUCACUGUGCUUUAGUUCAUUCAGCUGUGUGGUAAAAAAGGUCAUUCUUAAAAGUUAGAGUAAAAAGAGUUUCCAUUAAACCAAAAUGUCUACCUCAGUCCAAUACAGUAUUGAUAACCCUCAAGAUCCAAAUGUUAAGACAACUUUUACAAAAAAUGAUCAUGGGAGGAUCAUGUCUUCAUUGAAAUCAAUAGCCACAAAAUAUAAACUACUUGGAAAUGAGUUUUGCAUUCCUAAAUAUAAAAUUGAGGAAAUUGAUGAUGAUAAUAGAGGGAAACGAUGGGAUUGUCUUGAUGGUAUUGUUAGUGAAUGGCUAAAAUGGAACUUUAAGGAUGAUGUAAAGGGAAAAGUUAAACCAAAUGUAGACUGGCUAAUCCGGGCUGUGAGAGCAAUAGAUGAUGAACUUGCAAAAAAACUUGAAGCAGAGUUUUGGGUUGAAACAAGUGACGGGACUAAUGACAUCACUCACACAGGUUCCAAGGAAAGGGCACAAUUAAAACAAGAAACAUUUGAUACUACUACUACUGGUCCUAGUAAUAAUGGAUCAAGUGAAACAGAAGCAACUGACUAUCCUUCAGCUUCCAAUGCUGGUUUUGAUGAAUUAAAGCAUAGAACUUCUCAUACUGCUGCUCAUGAUAUAGGAACAAAAGAUAGUGAUAAAUCCGUGCCUCUUAAACCUUCAGCAAAGAGACCUAAUCAUCUAACUUACGAAAACUGGUCUAAACUUAAAAUGUGUGCUGUUGGACUGGUACUACUUGGAGUAAUAAGCCUUCUUGUUGGAUAUUUAGUUUUCAAAUGGUAUUCUACUCAAGGACUAGUAAUUUAUACAGUACUGCUUGUAGUAAUGUUCAUCCUUAUUUCUGUUGGAUAUUUAGUUUUCAAGUGGUAUUCUACUCAAGGGCUAGUAAUGUAUGCAGUAUUAGUUGCAGUAAUAUAUGUCCUUAUUUCUGUUGGAUAUUUAGUUUUUGACUCGUAUUCUACUCAAGGACUAGUAAUUUAUGCAGCAGUGCCUUUAGCAAUACUCUUUGUUGUAGCAAAAUAUUUUUCCAUUUGGGAAUUUAUUCUAACAAUAGUGAUUUUGGGACCACUUAUUAUGGUUUUCAUUUGGAUUCUUAUUACAUCACUUGUGACCUGGACUGAUGGAGGUGACAUUACAAAACUAAAGCCUCUUAUUACUCUAGUGGAUAGUGUUAUCUCGAGUGCUUUUCUCACACCAAUUGUAUCACUAGUUUAUAAGAAUCUAGAAGGGAAAGGUCACAAAACUAAAACUAGCUAG